AUGGAAUUCAUAAAAUGCUGACAUUAUAUAAAUUUAAUAGAAACGAAACCAAAGUGGGGCUUCUAGGAGAGGCAAGGGAAGUAAAACAUUAUAAAAUAGGGAAGGUAGAGUGUGGAAGAGUUAGAGGAGAUCGGGUCGAAUCACCAUGUUGAGAUUAAGCCUCUGUCUAGCCCUCCUGGCCUCCUGCUGGGCCAGCGAUCCUCUGUCGGGCUGGGUCCAGUCCCCCGGCUUCCCCCGGGGCUACAAGCCCCUAUCAAGGCUGGAGUGGAGACGGUGUGCCCCCAAAGCCCACCAGCUCACCCUCAGCCUCACCCACCUGGACCUGGAGGACAGCCUGGACUGUGAGAACGAUGCUUUGGAGAUCUAUUCAGAUGGACAGAAGAUCGCCAGUCUCUGUGGCCGAAAGCCACUGGAGGAGCUGCAGUCCAGCGUGAGCCCCGACCUCAGGUCGUCGGCCGGGGGCUGCCUCUCCCUGACCUUUCGUUCCGACUUCUCCAACCCGAAGAGACACACCGGCUUCAGGGCCUUCUACACGGCCAAAGAUUUCGAUGAAUGCGAGCAUCCAUCAGGCCAAGAGUGUAGCCACUUCUGUCACAACUUUGUAGGAGGCUACUACUGUUCCUGUCGCCUUGGUUACAUUCUGGAUGAGGACCAGCACACAUGCACUGUGAGGUGCAGCCAGGAUCUGUCCGGGUCCCUGAAGGGCCGGAUCUCCAGUCCGUUCCGUCCGUACCCGGACAACAGCCGCUGCCGGUACACCCUGUCCGUGGAGCCCCACCUUCAGCUGCAGCUGGACUUCUCCGCUGCCUUCGACGUCGAGCAGGGUCCUGAUGGGGCCUGCAGGGACUCACUGACCGUUGAGACUCGUUCUGGGAUGCUGGGACCCUUCUGUGGUGCAGUGCCUCCUCCCAGUCCCUUACUCACACACUCAAACCACGUCGUCAUUCAUUUUAACUCAGACAACUACGGCUCCAACAAUGGGUUCACUCUCUUCUACAGGACCAAAGGCCAGACUUGUUUAGGAACAGUCACCCCCGAUUCUACAGUCGCCCCCAUGCGUCAGGAGUAUCACUAUGGCGACAGAGUGACUGUCACCUGUGACAUAGGUCGUCGAGCAAAUACACCUGAGGAAUCUCUAUCGCAUUAUGUGACAACGUGCCAGAAAACGGGCACAUGGAGUCCAUCCUACACCUGUGACUUUUUGACCUGUGACCUCGAUCCAGUUGCCGGCCAGGAUGUCCUUCAACUUAAACCCAAUCAAAUAAGCACUUCGUUUGGCGAUCAGAUUCAGUUUGAGUGCAGUUCCAGCUACUACAAUCUGGAAGGCCCUGACACGUACACAUGUGAUGCCAGUGGCGAGUGGGUAUCAAGUCUGGACGGGAGGAAGACGCUGCCAAGAUGCAUUGAGGUGUGUGGAAAGACUGCAGGUGCUAGUUCGGCUACUGGCAGGAUUCUGGGGGGUAAAAUGGCCAAAGACGGGGAGAUCCCAUGGCAGCUCUCGGUGAAGGGCCGCGGGUGGGCGGGGGCCUCUCUGAUCGGGGACCGCUGGGCCCUGACGGCGGCCCACGUGGUGGACAAGAAUGAUGCUUUGACACUGUACGGCGGGGUGUUCAACUUGGCACAGACCAACCAAAGAACCAACCUCCCCCAAGGUGAACCCCUGCCGGUGGAUUACAACAACGUCAUCGUUCAUCCCGGCUACACCAAGAACGUCCAAAGCAGCCAACGCCUCAACUUUGACAAUGACAUCGCUCUGAUCCGGCUGGCCUCCCGGGCGCCGUUGGGGCCGCGCCUGACACCCAUAUGUCUGCCUGAAGCCCAGGGGCCAUUGAUGGACGGCAUGCUGGGCUCUGUAGCGGGUUGGGGACAGACAGAUAAUAAAAGCCGCAGUCAGAUACUGAGACACGCUCCCAUCUCACUGAUGUCCUCUGCUGUCUGUAGGGACACUCCUCGAAUUGGGGCCGACUCCAUGGUUUUCACUCAGAACAUGUUCUGUGCCGGAGCGCAAAACAAGGACAGUUGCACUGGGGAUAGUGGGGGCCCGUUCUUUGUGCCGAGUUUGGGUGAGGGGAACAGAGGUGAGGCAGGGCCGUAUCGGAUUGAAGGCAUUGUUUCAUGGGGAGCUAAUUGUGGGGACCGGCAAUUCAAAGGUUAUUAUACUGCGGUGAGGAAUUAUGUGGGCUGGAUCCGCGAGACAAUGCAGAAAGUAGAGGAUGAAGAAAGGAAGAAUAUGAAGAAGUCAAACAACAGGUCUUGCAAUCAGCUUUAUUUCAACUAUUGGAAUUUAGAUAUGGGCAGACCAAACUGGAUAAUUUGGCUGCUCUGUGUGUUGGGGUGUGAGUGUUUGCCUGUGGCGGAUGUCGUGUGGCCCAACCACGGGAAGAUCCAAUCCCCCGACUUCCCUCAGCCGUACGGCCCAGACCUGCUAGAGCGCUGGGACCUCCGCGUCGCCGACGGUUACCAGAUCCAGCUCACCUUCACACACAUGGACAUAGAGCCUACUCAAGACUGCAGUUACGAUGCUCUAGUGCUUCUCUCGGAUGAUAAAAAGUUGUUGGGGAAGUUCUGUGGCCAGGAGGAUUCCCCCGAUGGGAAUCAUCCCGGCAACCAGCCCAUCCUGUCACCUGGCAACAAGAUGUCCCUGGUGUUCCAAACGGACGACACUAACUCUGAGCCGCACAAGGGCUUCUCGGCUCACUACCAGGCCAUGGACAUCGAUGAGUGUGCACUACUGGAUCCGGACUCAGAGCCACUCUGCUCCCAAAUCUGUCACAACACCCUGGGCUCAUACCUCUGCUCCUGUCACCAUGGCUUCGAGCUACGCCCAGACCAACACACCUGUAUGGCCUCCUGCGUCGGGGGAGUAUUUUCCGAACUCAUGGGUCAUCUGUCCAGCCCGGGGUUCCCUGACGCCUCCCUCCGUAAACUGGACUGCCGGUACCUCAUCUCAGUGGAGCCCGGCUUCACCGUCACCCUGAACUUCACCUCCACCUUUCACAUCGAGAGCGACGAGGGGGAGGAGGGCUCGAGCUGCUUGUACCAUUGGUUAGAGGUGACGGUCCAGGACCAGCAGCCUGUGCGGCUGUGUGGGGAUCAGAGUCCAGGACUCAUGAUCACCAACUCAAACAACGUCACUCUGGACUUCCACACAGACUCAGAGGGAGUGAGCGAUGGCUGGAGCCUACACUACAGCACCGAGAGGGUGAGCUGUCCGUCUCCGGGUAGCUUGACCCACGGCAGGGUAACACCGGCCUUCAACCAGUACCUCUACAAAGACUACAUCCACAUCCGCUGUGACCAGGGAUACAAACUAAUGAUGUACGGUCGAGAGAUAGACAGCUCAGUUAUCCGGUGUCAGAGCAAUGGACAGUGGCACCUCCCUCUCCCAGAGUGCCAGAUCAUCGAUUGUGGGAAGCCUGAAGAGUUGCUGAAUGGCGGAAUCAAAUAUCUAUCUGGCUCGGACUAUCAGCACCGCUCUGUGAUCCAAUACCACUGUAAUGAGCCUUAUUACAAUCUGGUGGGAGGAGUGAAAGUGAGUUUUACAUGUACAGCAGACAGAAAGUGGCGCGACAACAAUGAUGUCCCUGUAGUUCCAGUUUGUCUACCAGUUUGUGGGAAGCCGACAGCGCGGGCGGGUCAGGCUGGGAGGAUCCUCGGGGGCAAGUUGGCUCUCCCCGACACUUUCCCUUGGCAAGUGCUGCUGAACGUGAACGGACGGGGAGGGGGCAUCAUGAUCGGGGACCGAUGGGUAAUGACAGCAGCGCAUAACCUCGUUCACAACGGCAUACAAGUAGACAAAGAUCAAGUAAUAGUUCGGGGAGGACACAUUGACGUUAAUGAAUUGAUAAAUAGAGCAGCAGCGAGUGUCGCCUCUCUCCAUGUCCAUCCUGGUUACGACAACCCAAACCACAUCAACUAUGAUAAUGACAUUGCCUUGAUCAGACUGCAAAAUCGGAUAACGUUUAAUUCCUCAAUUAUGCCGAUCUGCUUGCCACCAGAUGGCGCCACUUACGUAGACGGCGUUAUGGGACUAGUCUCGGGCUUUGGGGUUUCACAGAAAGACGGAACAUCCAUCCUCAGCAACAAGCUGAUGUUUUUCAGUCCCCCCGUCGUCAACCAGCAGACGUGCAUCCGAUCGCUGGCAGGUGAGAGCCAACGGCUGACGGACAACAUGAUCUGCGCGGGAAUGCCCGACGGCAAGAGCGAUGCGUGCCAGGGAGACAGCGGCAGCGCGCUGGCCAUCAGCCAGGGGGACAUCUACACCGCCGCGGGCAUCGUCAGCUGGGGCAUCGACUGCAACACCCGCGGGAAAUACGGAGUCUACACCAGAGUGGUCAACUAUCUGGACUGGAUCAAAAAGACCAUGAACGACAACGACAUAUAAUAAAGCAUGUCUUGCUCUGA